AUGCUAUCCCACCGCUUCUCAACAAGCACACACCAGUCUCUAGGAGAACCUCGUCUUCCCGUGAUGGCUCUCUCUAAUCCUGCAGUGUUUCUCUACGGGCCUGGAAAAGCACAGAUUCAGGACAGACCAGAACCAAGAAUCACCGAUCCCACCGACGCGAUAAUCCGUAUCAAGUUUGUUGGUGUGUGUGGCAGUGAUGUAUAUCAUGUCCUCGAAUACCAUACGAAUGAGUCUGACGGCUUUCAGGUGCAUUUCUGGAAUCAUGGCGGUGUCAACGGGAAAUUUGUCUCCGAGUCAAAUCCACUGGUCAUGGGGCACGAGGCAUCAGGGACGGUUCAUGCGGUCGGCCCUGCAGUCACCCAUCUGAGACCAGGUGAUAAUGUCGCCAUCGAGCCAGGUCAGCCUUGUCGUUCCUGCGACAGAUGCAAGGAAGGGCUGUACAAUCUUUGCCCACACAUGAAAUUCGCCGCCUGCCCCCCAGACACGCCGGGAUGCUUGACCAAGUAUUUCAAGAUCCCCGCGGACUUCUGCUACAAGCUUCCGCCAGGGGUGAGUCUGCAGGAGGGCGUCCUUGCCGAGCCUCUUGCUGUUGCAGCGCAUGCUGUGCGAAUGAUUGGGGUCAAACCAGGUCAGAGCUUGGUCAUCUUCGGCGCGGGCACGAUUGGGCUUGUUUGUGGUGCCGUAGCCCGACUGUUUGGAGCAAAGAAGAUUGUGGCAGUCGACCUGUUGGACCACAAGCUGGAAUUUGCAAGGAACCUCAACGCGUCCAAUACCUUCAAGCCCGAUUUAUCUGCUUCGCCCGAAAAGAACGCCGCGCGGCUGAUCGAGAAAAAUGGGUUGGGACUCGGUGCAGAUGCUGUGAUAGAGGCCACAGGGGCCGAGAGCUCCAUCGUUACAGCCGUGCAUGUUCUGCGUCCGGGAGGAUCUUGUGUGCAGACAGGCCUGGGGAAGGCCGUCGUCAACUUCCCCAUUCUAGCCAUGAGCGAAAAGGAAUUGCAUAUGCACGGGGCCUUCCGAUACAACCAAGGGGAUUUCAAAGUCGCCAUGGAUGUACUUGAAGCUGGCAAGCUGCCUCUCAAAAGCCUCAUCUCCACCAUUUUCGAUUUCGAGCAAACCACAGACGCAUGGGAGGCAACCAAGCAAGGACGGGGUAUCAAGAAUAUGAUUCGAGGCUAUGGAUAUAAAGAUCCCGCCAGAAUUAGCCACUUAUAA